CCUUCCAAGAUCCGUUGUGAUGCACGGCGCCAAUGGCGCAUCUUCAUCGUCGACGUUUAAACAGUUUGAUCUGUAUGGCAAGGUUCAUGAUGACUACAGGAUCAAAACACAAAGCGGUGGAAUCAUCUCUUUGGCAUCUAUGGUCAUCAUGGCGCUCCUCUUCCUCUCCGAGCUGUGCAGCUACUUGCAAGCUGAGAUCCAGGACCAUAUAGUGGUGGACACCACUCUGAACCAAAAGCUUCCGAUUGGACUCAACAUCACCUUUCCUCACAUCAGAUGUGACGAGGUGUCAGUGGAUACUGUGGACUCAACUGGCGAGAACCAGGUGGACAUUGCCGGCACCCUGACCAAGCUGAACUUGGACAUCAAUGGGGCCCCGAGCAAGGGAGAUCCAGUGGCCAAGCAGGGUGAGUGCUUUUCUUGCCUGGAAGCUACGCCAGAUCCCUCGGACAAAGAACCUGCCAAGUCGUGCUGCAACUCCUGCCAGGAGUUGAAGGAGGCCUAUCAAGAUAUGGGCAUUCCGUAUUUUCACAUCCUGGACACUGCGAUGCAGUGCCGAAACAGCGUGGGUUGCCAGGUUCACGGCGAUGUUCGGGUGUCCAAGGUCGGGGGCAACGUGCACGUGGCGCUCGGCAAAUCGACGGUCCGAGACGGGAAGCAUGUACACGAGUUCAAUCUCAAGGAUGUGAGCGAUGGCUUCAACACCUCCCACAUCAUUCACAGACUGGAGUUCGGAGAACGAGUGCCUGGCGUAGAAUCUCCAUUAGAGGGCACAGCAAAGAUUGUAUUGAAGGGAGCAUAUAUGUUCCACUACUACAUCAAGCUGGUCCCGACGCUGUUUGAGGGCGAUGGUGACAAGCCCCAGUACACCCACCAGUACUCGGUCACUGGCCAGGAGAAGGACGUGCUAGUCCGGCAGGGCGAGCUGGCAGGCCUGCCGGGCGUCUUCUUGGUCUACGAGUUCACACCCUUCAUGGUGCAGAAGACUGUGAAGGACGUGCCAUUCACCCACUUCCUGAUCUCAGUCUGUGCCAUCAUCGGUGGUGUUUUUACCGUGGCUGGGCUACUGGAUGCCGUCCUCUAUCGAGCCGCGAAGCUGAGAAAAGGCAAGGCACAUAUCUGAGGGGUCGAGUGAGUUGUCCAGAGCCAGCUAGGGUGUGUUGAGUGUGUGGAUCUGAGCUUGCUCCAUCGAGAUUGAAGAGGCUUACCGCUCACUUGCCC